AAACCCCGCCUCCCUUUCAGACCGAAACGAACGGAGAUUGUUUUCCUCUCCCUGGGAGCUUUUCACUUUGCAGCCCACCGCUUGAAUUGUUUAUUUUAAAAUCACACGCCACUGGUACGUUGCUAUUACUACAUACUUUGGCAUCUUCCCCGGCCAGAGUCGUGGCGCCUACACCAGAAAUAUCGGAUUAUCAAAACAUCCUUUGGGAUCUUACGUUUGCCAUUUGGGAGAGGGGUCUCUCAGCUCUUCCCAGAAUGAGUUCAUAAUGAAGCGGCGACUGGAGGAUCAGGAAACGGUUUUUGCAUCGCAGCAGCGGCGCCUAGCUGGCAACGCGGAGGCCUUCCAGCAUCGCGUCCUUGCCCCCGCUCCUGCCCCGGCGGUGUAUGAGGCCGCGUCCGACAACAUGCAGCCCACAGCAGGCGUCCAGUACUCCGUCCCCCAGGGAUACCAGGUGUCUCUGCUCUCCCAGGUUUCCAACGUGGCCCAGAACAGCGGCGGCCAUGGGCACGCACCGAACCCCGCCAUCCACGUGGGGUCCCACCACCACGGGCCGGCAGUCCAGUCCCUUGGGCCCUCGGUGAUGUCGGGGCACGGCCACACAGCUGCUCCUCAGGCCUCCGCACAGGGCCAGCAGUUCCAGAGGCUCAAGGUAGAAGAUGCUCUGUCUUACUUGGAUCAAGUGAAACUGCAGUUUGGCAACCAGCCUCAGGUCUACAAUGACUUUCUGGACAUAAUGAAAGAGUUCAAGUCUCAAAGCAUUGACACCCCCGGGGUCAUCAGCAGAGUGUCACAGCUCUUCAAAGGUCAUCCCGACCUCAUCAUGGGCUUCAACACCUUCCUGCCACCCGGCUACAAGAUCGAGGUCCAGAGCGCCGACCUGGUCAACGUGACCACCCCCGGUCAGAUCCACCACAUCACCCCGCAUGGCAUCUCGGUCCAAAACAUCCCCAUAACCGGAGCGGCUACCCUCCAUCCGCCCCAGCUCCCGUCUGCCGCGGCCACCACGGCCCCGCCCCCCCCGACGCAGCCCGCCCCUGCCAAGACGAGCAAGCCUCUUCCGCCCCAGGCAUCGACGCCGAGCAGCCAGAGCAAUCCGUCCAUCCCCGCGUACACCUCUCCUCGCUCCCCGCCCAUGCUGCUCCUGCCGCCGCUCAGCGGGACCCCCACCGGGACCCCCACGGGGCCGCCCAUGCAGAACAACCAGCCGGUGGAGUUCAACCACGCCAUCAACUACGUCAACAAGAUCAAGAACCGCUUCCAGGGCCAGCCCGACAUCUACAAAGCUUUCCUGGAGAUCCUGCACACGUACCAGAAGGAGCAGCGGAAUGCCAAGGAGGCCGGUGGGAACUACACCCCGGCCCUGACGGAGCAGGAGGUGUACGCUCAGGUGGCUCGACUCUUCAAGAACCAGGAGGACCUGCUCUCAGAGUUCGGGCAAUUUCUCCCCGAUGCCAACAGUUCGGUGCUGCUGAGUAAGACCACAGCUGAGAAGGCAGAGUCGGUACGGAACGACCACGGCGGCACUGCCAAGAAGCUGCAGCUCAACAACAAACAGAGGCCCAAUCAGAACGGCUGCCAGAUCCGCCGCCAUCCGGCUCCAGGGACCACGCCCCCUCCCAAGAAGAAGCCCAAGUUAUUGAAUUUGAAAGAUUCCUCCGGGGCGGAGGCCAGCAAGCACGGCAUCGGAACCGAGUCUCUGUUCUUUGAGAAGGUGCGUAAAGCCUUGCGAAGUGCAGAAGCCUACAACAACUUCCUGCGAUGCCUGGUCAUCUUUAAUCAGGAGGUGAUCUCCAGGGCGGAACUAGUUCAGCUGGUGUUGCCCUUUUUAGGGAAAUUCCCGGAGCUGUUCAACUGGUUUAAAAACUUCUUGGGAUAUCGGGAAAUGUCCCACGUCGAAGCGUACCCCAAGGAGAGGGCCACCGAGGGCAUCGCCAUGGAGAUAGACUAUGCUUCCUGCAAGAGACUGGGUUCCAGUUACAGAGCUCUACCCAAAAGCUACCAACACCCCAAGUGCACCGGCAGAACUCCACUUUGUAAAGAGGUCUUAAAUGACACCUGGGUCUCCUUCCCCUCCUGGUCUGAGGACUCUACGUUUGUCAGCUCCAAGAAGACUCAGUACGAGGAGCACAUCUACCGAUGCGAGGACGAGCGCUUUGAGUUGGACGUAGUACUGGAGACCAACCUGGCGACCAUCAGGCUGCUGGAGACGGUACAGCGGAAGUUGUCCCGGAUGUCCGCGGAGGAGCAGGCCAAGUUCUGCUUGGACAACACGCUGGGCGGCUCUUCGGAGGUCGUGCAUCGCAAGGCCAUCCAGAGGAUAUACGGAGACAAGGCGCCCGACAUCAUCGACGGCCUGAAGAAGAACCCGGCGGUCUCUGUCCCCAUCGUGUUGAAGAGGUUAAAGACCAAGGAGGAAGAGUGGCGGGAAGCCCAGCGAGGCUUCAACAAGAUCUGGAGGGAGCAGAACGAGAAGUAUUACCUCAAGUCCCUCGACCACCAAGGCAUCAACUUCAAACAGAACGACACCAAAGUGCUUCGGUCCAAGUCGCUGCUGAACGAAAUCGAAAGCAUUUACGACGAGCGCCAGGAGCAGGCGUCCGAGGAGAACGCGGCGCCGCCCGCCGGCCCCCAGCUGACGCUGGCGCACGAGGACAGCCAGAUCCUGGAGGACGCGGCGGCGCUCAUCAUCCACCACGUCAAGCGGCAGACCGGCAUCCAGAAGGAGGACAAGUACAAGAUCAAACAGAUCAUCUACCACUUCAUCCCCGACAUGCUGUUCUCCCAGCGGGGCGAGCUGUCCGACGUGGAGGAGGAGGACGAGGAGCUGGAGGAGGAGGAAGGGGAGACGGACCUGGAGGGAGGCAUGGCCAAAAAGCACAACGGCGUCCCCGGCGGCGGCGGGAGGAGCCCCUCCAAGUCCAAGCUGCUGUUCAGCAACACGGCGGCGCAGAAGCUGCGCGGCUGCGACGACGCGUACAACCUCUUCUACGUCAACAACAACUGGUACAUCUUCCUGCGGCUGCACCAGACGCUGUGCUCGCGCCUGCUGCGGCUGUACGGCCAGGCGGAGCGGCAGAUCGAGGAGGAGGUCAAGGAGCGGGACUGGGAGAGGGAGGUCCUGGGACUGAAGAAGGAGAAGAACGACAAUCCGGCCGUCCAGCUGAGACUGAAGGAGCCCAUGGACAUCGAGGUGGAGGAUUACUACUCGGCCUUCUUGGAGAUGGUUAGGAAUUUGCUGGAUGGAAAUAUGGAGGCUUCCCAGUAUGAAGACUCCCUGAGGGAAAUGUUCACCAUUCACGCUUACACGGCCUUCACAAUGGACAAGCUCAUCCAAAGCAUCGUCCGGCAGCUCCAGCACAUCGUGAGUGACGAGAUCUGCGUCCAGGUGACGGACCUCUACCUCUCGGAGAGCGCCAGCGGGGCCGGCGGGGGGGCGGCGUCCACCCAGUCCUCGCGGAGCCCCGCGGAGGCCACGUACCAGCGGAGAGCCGAGCAGCUCAUGGCGGAUGAGAACUGCUUCAAGGUGAUGUUUUCAAGGAGCAGGUCGCAGGUGCAGCUCACGGUGGAGCUUCUGGACACCGAGGAGGAGAACUCUGACGAGCCCAUGGAGGCUGAGCGCUGGUCGGAUUAUGUCGGGCGCUACUUGAACCCAGAUUCCACCACCCCGGAGCUAAGGGAGCACCUCGCUCAGAAGCCCGUUUUUCUUCCCAGAGAAAAUAGGGUGAUGUUAAUGGUAAGGAAUUUUAUUUUACUGCAUUACAUCAGACAGUUGCUCAGUAAACCAAACAGCGCUCCUCACACGAGUCCUCGUCACGCUCCUCCCGGUACUCGCUCUCAAUCACGCUUUGUACUUUUUCUGCGCUCGUGGAACAGGAAUCUGAGACGGAUUCGGAAGUACCAGAAGGGCCGCGAGCAGCUGGACAAAGAGGCGCUGGAGGGCGGCAAGAAAUCCCUGGAGAAGGAGAAAAUGGAGUGCAUGUUCAAACUCAACUCCUACAAGAUGGUGUACGUCUUUAAGUCUGAGGAUUACAUGUACAGACGCACCGCCCUGCUGCGAGCUCACCAGUCCCACGAGCGGGUGAGCACGCGGCUGCACAGGCGCUUCCAGGCCUGGGUGGACACGUGGGCCCAGGAGCACGUGACCCGCGACAUGGGCGCCGAGACCAACAAGUGGCUGAUGGGCGACGCGCGCGAAGGCCUGCUGCCCUGCACCACCAGCCGCCAGCCGGAGGUCCUGCACUUCGUCAACAUCAACAAGUACCGCGUGAAGUACGGCCCGCCCGGCAAGGCGCCGUAGCCCGGCGGGGGACGACCGGGGAGGGAGGGAGGGAGGAUCGACGUGUCCGAAGUUGAAGCAGGUUCGGGGGCCGAGGGCUUAUUAAUGUGUUUUUAAGGUCGACGUGGGAGCACAAUUAAGCUAGCUGCCGUGUACGUUGCACCCGGGGCGGCAGGAUUACUGAUUUUACCAGCGUUUUUAGCUGGGCCCAAUUGUUUCUGCAGGGCCUUUGGUGCCAAAACAUAGGAAUGGUCACUACCUAGUCGCAGGCCGGAGCUCGUACCAGCACUCUGAGCCCCCCCCCCCCCCCCCGAGCGAAUUAAACGGCGUCAGAGAUAGCUUUUUUUUUUUUUUUUUUUUUUUGUACUUUAAUCACAACCGAGCUUCGGUUUUGAUUUCUUUUUGAGGGACAGAUUUUGUCGGAGUACGGAGUCCCCCAUCGAGGUGAAACAAUCACACGGGGAUUUCUUUCAUGUUCUUCUACAGUAUCCGUGGAAAACAAUAUGGUGGACAAGUGCACUUAUUUAGAAAGAGGGUUUGGAGGGAUCCGGAUUCCCCCCCCCCCCCCCCCCCCCCCCCCAAAUGGAAGGUUUGGACGGGAGCACAACACAGUGAUGUGGUUCUGACGUUCCUUGCGUUACGGCCAAAAUCACGAUUUAUGUUGGUAUCACACGGCGGGACGGGGCUUACUCCUCCUCCUCCUCCGAAACACGCGGCAGCAUUAUUAGAGACCGCCUCAAACAGUGCUGUCGGCUUUACAUCAAACCGCACUGUUACAAAAGAUUAAAAAAAAAAAGAAUAAUAAUAAUAAUUGCCUCACAACACUGUUUGGUCUGUAAAGUUGUAUAGUUCCUGUAUGUCAGAUACUGACAUGUAUUCCAGUUUAUGUCCUGUGUGUGUAUAUAAAUAUAUAUAUAUCUAUAUAGAUAUAUAUAGUUCUAUUAACACAAAUGAUCCUCGCCGCCCUGGAUGUCAACCUUUUUAAAUGCCCUCUGCCAAAACACCAGCUUGUACGCACACACACACACACACACACACACACUCUCGCACACGCGCCUCGUUCUGGGAGGACGGUCCACAUGUCGCUCAUGUUGUAAAUACACUGUAUAUAGUCUCAGACUUUUUAUGACAGAUCUGUGUUGUUGUGCUAGUAAAACUUUCCAAGCUUACUGUGGACUUUAGUGACUGAUGGCUAAAGUUAGUAUGUACAUGAAAAAGACAAAUGCAAGACCAUUUAUUACAGUUUUUACCAAAGGGAGUUGAUUAUAAAAUAGCUGUUUUUUUUCACCCUUUGUGUGUUCCUUUAUGUAUUUACUUUUUAAUUUCUGUAGUAAAAAAAUGUGGAAAAGUAGAAAUGUAUCCAGGUCUUUCAGUUUUUAAACGAGAAAUAACGUUUUUUUUUCUCUUCUGAAUGUGAGAUUUGGCUGGUUUAAAAAAAAAGAAAGAAGGAACCUCCCCCCCCCCCUUCAACAACCGAGACCGUCCGUGAUGAUACGGGGAUUAUUUAAUCUGUCAUCACAUGAACAGACUGGAUAGAUUUCUGCUGCAAACAUGAACCCACAGCAUAUUUUUGAUAAUGGAAGAAGUCCCACGAGCAUGUCUUUAGUCCCUUUAUUUAGACAUUAUUUAAAGUAAUAAUAAAAUGAUAUUUGUAGCCUA